AUGAACUCUGCAUUAAUAGGCGCUGUACGAACUGCGGGGCGCUGCUGCGCGAUACUGCGGCACCAGCGGCUCGGGCGCUGGGCUGGAACGUGUUCGACCACCAGCUCUGGUGAAGCGUGCAGACGACAGGGGGGAAUUAACUGGAUCUUGCAGCUGCAAGCUCGCUUCUCUUCAGAUCUAGGUUACCCGUCCAAUGGAUUCCGGCGAACAUGGACGGAUUCGCUUCAGAAGCGGACGCUGUCCAGUUACCUUAGAAAACACACGCAGUGGUGGUUGCGUGUCCAUGUGCCUGCCGACACGCCGUGCACUGCAGCGAUGCAGUCGCACGGCACUGCUUUACAGGUUGCAGCGCUGGCGACGGCGAGUGUUGUCGAUGUUGGUGGCAUCUCGACGCCCGCUGCACCACCGCCGCCGCCGCCUCCACCGCCAAGCUCGCCUAGCACACUGCGGGUUCAUAAACAGCGGAAAACAAAGGCCCGUUCCGGGUCGUCUGGCGAGGCAGUACGCAUAUGUGCUGCUUACUGCCUCGCUUCGGGGUAUCGCUUGGAAGAACUGCGCGACCUGCUUCGCUCGGUCCCACUGGUCACCACCGUGGAUGCGAGUACCCUUUCCCGGGACGUACUGCAUUGUCGGGUGCGGCCUGCGACUCGUCAGGAGCAGGUCCGAAUGCCACAUGCCGAUGGUCAUGUGUUUUUCUUCGAGUCAGGCGCAGCAGUGUUCUGGGAUGUGGACGAGGAGACGCGGCGGGAGUUGCUGCGCUUGGCACGUCGAUGCGACAUACAACCCGGCUACAAUUCCAAUGUCACCUUCGAGGAGUUCGACCAUGAGUUUGAAUUUUCAUACCUCAUGGACAGCGCACAGUCCAGCACCGACACUCUAAGCGAUGCACCGGAUGGAACUUCGCCCUCUGGGGGUGCCGCACUUGCGGCGAGCGCAGCGCCAGCCUCCCCGAAUCGAUUGGCGACCGCUGAGCAUGCACUGCCGAUGCCGUCUGCCCUUGGUCGUGCGAAGCUUCGUCCAGCGCUGCAGGCGCCGCUGUCUCGAAAUCAAGAGCGCAUACCCAACUCGCUGACUCAGUUCCGCAACGACCGUAUUUUUCUGCAUGAUUAUGCGGACGCUUUGAGUAUGCUCGCGAUCUCUUUUGGGCUCGCACAGAGCGUUAAAUUGCUCGUAUUUGAGCUGAGCAUUGAUCGACUGGUGGAAGAGACGCGACGCCUGCCGGAAGAGCUCGCGAAAUACGGGCGCUUCCGCACAGUGGCCCAAGACGAUCUUCGUCGACGCAUCGGUCAGCUUCUCACCGCCAAAUACUCGGUCGCACUGCUCUCAGAUAUCCUGGAUACCCCGGAGAUUUUCUGGGAGUACCCCAGCAGUGAAACUGUUUAUAAUCAGAGUGUUCAGGUUGUUGAUCUACAGAAGCGAGCACGACUUUUGGAUAAGCGCAUGGAUAUUGUACAGGAUUCUUUAGCGCUGCUGAAUAGUGAACUGGCGACCUCUACCACCCAUCGCGUUGAAAGAGCAAUUGUAGCGCUCAUCGCUAUCGAAUUAGGUUUGCAGGUGUUCAACAAAUUGUUUUAG